CAGUUACUCCCUAGCUAGAAGAGAGUCAGGGCGAUAGGAAGAGAGUCAAGCAUUCAUUUCAAUCCAAAACAAUAAAGGUACAGGUCAACUUUGCUGCUAAAAUCCCAAUGCAAGCAAUCGCGAAUGCCUUGCGAGGUCAGGACUCUGACCAUUUUCAGGAAGCAGUUAGAGUUCUUGACAUCAUUAUAAGGCAGAAUGCAGCAAAGCAGGGUUGUCUCCUUGUUCGGCAAUCUUUCUUCCAUAACAACCCGAGGAACUUCAUAGAAUUGGGAGGAGGGGUGUUAGGCUGCAGGGGUUUUCAUUCAAGCUUCCGGGCCACGCAAGGCGGCCUAUCCCUGAAUAUGGAUGUGUCCACUACAAUGAUUGUAAAACCUGGUCCUGUUUUGAAUUUCCUCAUGGAGAACCAGAAUGUCAAAACUCCUUACCAGAUUGAUUGGAUUAAGGUAACGGUGGUCUCCUUAAUUGUUGAGAUUUCAUUCAUGUGACAUUUUUCAUGA